GCUGUUAAAAAAAUCAUGCAAUAACACUCGACAAUUUCCAAGUCAACGUGCUUUAACGUUUCUUAAACAAAACAAUAAGUAAAUAAAUAUAAAUUCCUAGUUAUAAUUAAAUUCGCGUUCACUUGCAAUAACACAAACAAAUUUCUUGAGAAUAUACAGAAAUUAAAAAAAAAUUGAAAAACUAAUCCUGAAACCAUGGCUAACAAAUUCGUGACAAUAAUGCGCUAUCUGGGCGAAUUCUCCGGCACAGCACUGCUGGUGGCGCUCCACUGUCUCGGCUGUGCAGACAGCUGCGAAAUAUUGAAACUCCAAUACGGACUUGUCGUUAUGAUCAUAGUGCACUGUUUCGGCUUCGUGUCGGGCGGUCAUGCGAAUCCUUGCAUCACACUCGCAUGCUACAUGAUGCGUUACAUUUCGUUUAAAAUGGCGCUCAUUUACAUGAUGGCGCAGUUUUUGGGUGCGCUCACUGGUUUCUUUCUACUAACCGCCAUGUUGCCUUCCGAUGCCAUCUCGAAGGAUUUGUGCCUAGUGAAGUCGAAUGGUGGUCUGUCGUGGGAUCAAGCGUUCGUCAUUGAGUUAGUGCUGACCACCACGUUGAUCUUCGGUUGGUGUGCGUUGUGGGACGCCAGAAACUCUUCCUAUUUGGACUCGGUGUCGCUGCGCAUUGGUUUACUAGUGGCCGCUUGUUCACUUGCCGGUGGACAAUGGACCGGUGCUACUAUGAAUCCAGCUAUUGUGCUCGUGCCGGCAGCAUACCACGGCAAACACGAUGAUACGUCUAUAUUCAUGGCCAGUCAAUUCUCAGCUGGUAUUUUCGCACCCGUAUUGUGGAAACUAUUGUUUUCAACACGUAGCUUUUUUAAUAGAAAGUCCUGUUAGAUCGUCAGUUAGUGUCAAUCCGUACACUGGUACUAUUCGUUAAAGCGUUGGCAGCUUUUAAAGUGUCUUUAUUGACUUAUUUAUUUGUAUAAUUUAUUUUUGCCUCAUUAUAAAUUGAACGUUUAUGAAUAAAAAUCCAUGUCUAAUA